AUGGUCUUUGACAAACCUCUGUAUGAGCCAGUUCAGGAAUUGAAAGGCUUGAUGCUGGAUGGGAGUUGGCUAGAGCUGAUAUAUUCGGGGAGCUAUGUAUGCAGUACUUUUACCCAGAAUGAUUUAAACCAGCAUGUCAUCCGAUACAUCAUAAAUCCCUCCGUUGAAGUGACUUAGGAUAGCUUUGAAUUUCAAGUGUUGGAUAUGGCAGGAAACACAAUGGUUCCAGAAGUCCUCAAAAUAAAAUGGUCCAGAGUUGAACUGGCUGAAACUUUUCAGCACGUCUGUGAAAAUAUUGGGACUGUUGCCACAAAGGUGGUAAGGACAGGGCAGAACAUGGAGCCAUCAUUUGUUGACAUAAGGGUCCAACAUGUUUCAGCUAGAGUUGGCUUCGACUUCACUCACAGCACCGCAAGCUUAGUGGGGAGAGGGGGCCUGCAGUUUGAUCCUGGUGUUUCCAUAAAGGCUUGGAAUAUCUACGUUAAGGAUGAUGGCCUGGAAGAAAACUAUGAAGUGUUUAAAAUUACAUUGAGUGCACCUAAAAAUGUGGUUUUAGGGCAGAAGAAUGAACUGACUGUCAGAAUUAUAGACUCAAUGGCAGGUGUUAGCUUCUCGAAGACAGUUCGUGCAGAUGUUGCCCAGGAUAAAGAUCACAUAUAA